CAGUUGAUAAUUUUGCUUCGUCGUCGUGAAUGGUCAGUGUUUGACAACUAAUAGAAGCCGCCGAAAAUUAAUAUAGAAAUGAUUAUUAAUACAAAUAAAGUGGGUUUGCUGCGUGCCACUCGUCUACCUUGGAGCAUGCAGUACAUUAAAAAGUACACAGCUAUUCAACCAUUUCACACAAGCGUCAAUGUGCUUAACUACGCAGUGACUGCCCCCGCUCCCGCACUUCCUUUACCAAAUAAUGUGGAUGCUGCGGAGACGACACGCUUCUCCCCCCAGCGCUCAAGGGACAUCUCGGACAAUAUCAUGGUCAUAUCGCACUCGCCCAUCUCAAUGAUUGACAUCACUACAGAUAACACAAUGAUGAAUAGUACAUGGCGCGGCGCUUCAACAGUGCAGGACUUGCAUGUGCAAUCGUAUGAUUGCUUUGGUGCUGUCAGCCUGAAUGCGGUUAUGCAAAGCAAUGUGCCAUCUCCCUUCGGUGGCAUGCACAAGUUCUCGCAUUUGAACAUGCCGGGUGGCCAGUGGUCGCAGGAGUAUAAGUUCACGUCACAGAAUAUGCACAGCUCGCAUUAUCGAGCAUUGCGCGAAAGCACACGAGCUGAUUGGGUGGCCUACGACCAGAAUGCCACAGUCGGGGUGUACGGCGGCCAAGCCUGCUCACAUACUGCAGGUUCACGUCGAUUCUACAGCACACAGGCAAGUAGUCCGCCACCAAAGGUUCCACCAACAACAGCGACAACAGCCAUAGAAACACAGACACCUCAACAGCAGAGUGGCGAGGCAUUAAGCAAAAAGGAUCAAUUGAAAAGAGCUUUUAAAGAUUAUGGUGCUACGAUUGUGGCAUUUCAUGUAGGUAUCUCGCUGAUAUCAUUAGGUGGCUUCUACAUGCUCAUCUCCAGCGGAGUGAACAUGAUGCCCAUGUUGGAAUUCCUUGGCAUUGAGUCCAGUGCAAUAAUAGAGAAAGUGGCUGUCGGCAGCACCUUUGUUACGGCCUAUGCCAUCCACAAAGUAUUUGCUCCACUUCGCAUAAGCAUCACACUUGGCUCAACACCGUUCAUUGUGCGCUUUUUGCGCGCCAGGGGAUUUAUGAAACCAAAAAAAUAACGAAUUUAUUUCGAAAUAUCAAUAUGUAUUUACAACAAAAUAUAUUAAUACCACGCCUAAGUGCAAAAAUAUAACGUUGCUAUGAUA